AUGUCUGACAGAGGGGUCGGUAGAAAAUCUGGCACAAACAGAUUCUCCAUUUCGAAUCGUCCUACUGUCUCCAAGCGUGCUACCGCAAAGAACACCAUACCAACUGAAGAUCUCUCUAUUAUCAUCAAAAAUCAAGAAGCCAACAUUAAUGAUCUCAAUCUUCGCCUUGACAAGAUGGAGCAGAAAAUCAAGAAUAUCGAAGGGAUCUUGACGAGGGUGGAUGCUAUUGAGCAAGCCGUCCAAGGCGUUGGAGAAGAGUCAGGACAACCGACAGAUGAUAACAUACAUGCUGCUACGUCUCAGAAGUCUACGAAUACUCUCAAGAAGAAAGAGAAUAUGUAUCGUGCACUUGGCAUCAAGCCUCCUGCAAGUAGCUCCUGA